AUGGCUGCGACUCUCGCAAAACACCAUGACACCCCUCCAUUCACCGAUCACAAAGAUCUACACAACGUCAUUGAUGUGACACAACUUGGCGACGUCCCCUGGCAAUGUUUCUCGGUUCAAUACACAGGAGAACGCCCUGAGGUUGUCCCGCCGUGGAUGGAUGAUGAAUUUGAGGUCUGGUAUAGGGAUCCCCGUGAGAUGGCGCACAACAUAUUGGCCAACCCUACCUACAAGGACGAAAUUGACUAUGUGCCAUUUCGUGAGUAUAAUGCAUCGGACGACAUGCGCCGAUGGAAAGACUUUAUGUCUGGAGAUUGGGCAUGGCAUCAGGCGGAUGCCAUAUCAAAAGAUCCAGAAACCCGUGGAUCUACUUUAGUCCCAAUCAUUCUCGGUAGUGACAAGACUACUGUCUCUGUUGGCACUGGUAACAACGAAUACUAUCCACUCUAUGCCUCGAUCGGUAACGUACGCAACAAUGCACGGCGCGCUCACCGAGAUGCUCUUGUUAUCAUCGGUUUCCUCGCUAUACCCAAAACUGACAAGAAGUAUGCUAAAGACGACAUGUUUCGGAUAUUUCGUCGUCAGCUAUUCCACAGCUCACUAUCCACAAUUCUCUCCAGCCUGAAACCUGCGAUGACUGAGUAUGAGGUUGUGCGCUGUGGAGACGGUCAUUUUCGACGCAUUAUAUACAGCUUAGGACCCUACAUUGCAGAUUACGAAGAACAACUGGUGUUAUCCUGCAUUGUUAAACGUUGGUGCCCAAAAUGUAUCGCACUUCGAACAGACCUUGAUAGUGGUGGUGCGUACCGCUGUCGCAAGCAUACCGAUUUCAUGGUCAAUGAACUACACAGGGAUAUAUUGUGGGAUGAAUAUGGUAUCAUUGGCGAUCUCGUUCCAUUUAUGAAUGACUUCCCCCGAGCUGACAUCCAUGAAUUGCUAUCGUUCGACCUCCUCCACCAGCUAAUAAAAGGCGCUUUCAAAGAUCAUCUCGUCGACUGGGUAGCAAAGUACCUCAAGGCUGUGCAUGGUACCAGAAGGGCGGACGAGAUCAUGAGCGACAUAGAUCGCAGAGUUGCUGCUGUAGCAUCAUUCUCAGGUUUACAACAAUUUCCUCAAGGCCGUGACUUCAAACAGUGGACAGGCGAUGAUUCAAAAGCGCUCAUGAAGGUCUUUCUUCCGGCUAUUGAAGGCCACGUACCUGAAGACAUGGUGCGUGCGUUCCGCGCAUUGUUAGAAUUUUGCUACCUUGUGCGGCGCAAUGUCAUAACCGAAGAUACCUUGAAUCAGAUUCAAGACGCGCUUCAUCGUUUUCAUCGCUAUCGCAAGAUAUUUGAUGUUGUCGUUCCUACCUUCUCGCUCCCCCGCCAGCACUCGAUGACUCAUUACACAGACAUGAUACGACUCUUCGGUGCCCCAAAUGGCCUAUGUUCUUCAAUCACGGAAUCAAAACAUAUCAAGGCGGUAAAGGAGCCCUGGCGGUGGUCGAGCAAGCACAAUGCUCUUGGUCAGAUGCUUGUGACCAAUCAACGCCUUGACAAGCUCACAGCAUCACGAGUGGACUUCGAUGCGCGAGGGAUGCUGACUGGUACUGUUUUAUCAAUAGCAGCAUUGGCACUUGAAGUCGCUGUUCCGGAUCUGCGACGUCUCAUUCGACACUUUCUGUUCUCUCAGCUCUACCCCAAUGAUCCUCGCGACCUCGAAGAUGUCCCAGCCGCUAGCUGCCCUAGACAUGAAGGCAAGCUCCAGGUCUUCAAUUCGGCUGCUGCAACAUUCUAUGCUCCCAGCGAUCCAAGUGGCAUUGGCGGCAUGCGACGCGAACACGUCCGUGCAUGCCCACUCUGGAGGAACGAGUACCCACGCAAUGAUUGUGUGUUCAUCAACACUGAUUCAAAUGCUGAAGGAAUGCGAGGACUCGAAAUCGCGAGAGUGACAUGUUUCUUUUCUUUCAAACAUGACUGGGAAGUAUACUCAUGCGUUCUCAUCCAAUGGUUCGACAAGAUUGGUGAUUGUGCCGAUGAAGACACUGGCAUGUGGAUGGUCUGUCCAAGUCUUCAUGAGGAUGGCUCCCGGAACCUCGCUGUCAUUCAUAUUGAGACGGUCUACCGUGCAGCACACCUGAUACCUGUCUACGGCUCUGAGUACAUCCCUCACUCCCUCAAGUUCUAUCAUUCCUAUGAUUCUUUCCGUUCAUUUUAUGUCAACAAAUACGCUGAUCACCAUGCCUUCGAGAUAGCGUCCUGA